AUGCGAGACGGACUACCACCUUCCCACGAGUACUCCAUACGGCCGACUAUCGCCGACCUAGCUAAGGACGCGCAAAUCCUGAAGCUUGUCGAAAUCGUAAAGAAUAAGGCGUCCGAGUCGCCGUACACCUUAGCAAGUCUACUAUCGGCUUUGAAGGCUAUGCUAGUCAACCCAUAUUUUCCAAAAACGAUCUUUGGCUCCGGCAAAACUGUCGCGUUCAUUUAUAAAGGACAAAAUUAUAUCGUGGAAUUUGUCAACUGUGCCAAGUCCCUACCAGAGGAACAUGCCCCGAUUGAUAGUGACAAUGAAAUGGAAGUAGAUAAAACUUCGAAUACAAAUUCUAAAGGGCAAAAUAUGUCACAUUCUACUUUUCCGCCUCCAGAACUUAUUAAACCUUCUAUUAGUGAUAUUAUAACAGACGACCAAUUCAUUCUUUUGGCGAAGGUCAUUAACGAAAAAGUUAAAGAAUCACCACGAAAAUUAGCAACCAUACUAGCAGCCAUUCGAGCAGUACUUGAUGAUAUUGGACUAAAAGGUUGCUUUUUUCAAAAUAACAAGGUUAAAUUCUUCCAUGGGGAUGAAUCAUCGGCAUCUCCGUUACGAGAGUACGUGGUGGAGUUCGAUUUAGAUCCGCAAGCACAUCAACAACAGCAAUCACCACAUUUACAACAUCAAGCUUCGCACUCGUCUAAUAACAAUAAUACCACCGGCACUAAUGCAAGUCCCACAAGCAAUAGCAAUCAAAGGCUUCCAUUUGUGAUACAUCCUGGAUUAACUGGUAAUUCUAUUUCUAAUAAUACAAAUGGAAAUGGAUUUGAUGGAUCAAUUUAUAACAUUUCACAUGACGCUGAUGAAGAUAUGGAUGAAUUAGCAAAAGACGAGAUACCAGUUGACGAUCAUUCAAUCAAUAGCGACAGCAUGUGGCGUCAUGCGCAAAUUAAUCUACAGCAAUCCCAUCAUCCUCAUCAUAACACACUCACCCCGCUUAACAAGAGAAAACGAGCUAGUAGUGCAAACUCAGAAGAAGAUAAUUUCAUUCACCACACUGCACCUAAUGCACAGUCCGCAAAGAAAAGAAGCCCCGAGAAGCAUAAAGCACCACCGUUGAGUUGUGAGGCUGUGAAAAAACUUUUCGUAAAUAUCACGAAACCCACGCUACUUCAAAGACUUGAAGAAUCUAAAACAUUAAUAGCUGCAAUUAAAGACACUUAUCAGUCAAUUCAACAAGCAUCAAGUUCUUCAUCGGUGCCGAGUUCGCCACGUUUGAAUUUACUAUGUCAUCUUCUUCAAUCGCCACCUACUUCCCGUAUUGAUGGCAUCUCUUCCAAAGUAUUUUCAAAUUUGGAGUUGUAUAAACUAUUCACAACGUAUAAUGCCUAUAAGGAUGAACUUGGACAGAAAAAUCAUUCAACGGAGACAAAUAAUUCUACGGUCAAGAGGAAUUCACUAGCAAACGAUCCUACAUCACCUCUUCCUUAUCCCACAUAUUCAUCGUUCAUUGAUCCAACGGUGACUCUACACAUAAAAGAACGAACGGGUGGCAAGGAGGUGGGCAAGCAUCGUCUUAAUUGUGCAUGGAGGCUAAGCAUAUUAUGUGAGCUACUUGGUCAAGGAGUGCUAUUAAUGACAAAAGAAUUAAGCGGGGCAAAAUUGGAAAGAAUCUUAGUGGAAGAAUUUACAAAAUUAAUUGAAUUCUUAAAGAAUCCGGACAAUCACGAUUGGGUGACAAGUGUUCGAGAAAAAUUAGACUUGGUUGGAUUCGAUGAAGUAUACUCACCAUUAGCAGAAAUAGAAUUAGAGAAUAGUAAUACUAAUGGUGUAUUAUAUGGUCAGAUGAUGCGGGUGGAAGCCGUUCCAGAAUUUCUUGAGCAAUCGGUGCAUCCUCAACAAACGAAUCCUAAUGAAAUUGCACUAACGACUGAGAUGGAGAUUAUCGUACCCUAUGAUAGACCGGAAGAUCAAAUGGCUAAAAGUUUUGUGAAAUGCGUUUUUUACGCCAAUACGUAUGAAACGUGGGUAACGCAUAGAUACCGAUACAAUGAAAAAUGUAUAUUCGAUACACGUGUGGGUGGAUUUAAUAACCGUUUAACCAAGCUUUUGGAUUCAAGCUGUAUAAAGUAUCUUAAAUUACCAAACAACAUUAUGUCACGACAACGCCUCACAAAGGAUUCAACAACACCACCAAAACCCACACCAAGUGACACGAUAACGCUUUAUUUUACACGCGACAUAAAGUUUGAAGUUAAUAAAUCCCGCAUAAUUUACGAGAAACUACCAGUGUUUAUCGAGGAACGAUUGAGAUACAUUAACACCUUUAAUUAUCCCUAUGAGGUGAUUUACGAUGAUCGGUUUGGAAAGGAACAAGUGAUUAAGAGUGGGGAGCAAGGGGAUGAGAUGGUGAAGCGCAUCAAGGAUCUGUUGGAAAGCGAGGAGGGAAAAUAUGUUAAAGAUUUAUAUUUCCUUGUUGAUAAGUCGGGAGGAAUAAAAAUAUGGCUAUAUUAUAACGUAGAUUUUAUUGCGUUUAUCAUAACUGUUAUUUGUUUGAUUGGUGUGAUAUUUUCUACACGAUUUGAAGCAAAAGUUGCCUUGCAUGUUAGCGGCACAUACUUAGUAUAUCGUAUGUUUAAACAUGUCGAAUUACCUGGAUUGCCAAAUUUCGUGAAAAAGUAUUUUAAAAAAAAUCAGGAAUAG